CAUUGGAGGCGGAUCGGACGGCCGUGUGGACACCUUAUGGUGAUUCAUCAUAUCGUUUCGUUCGUUGACACAUUCUUUCUCCAUUCAAUCAGAACCAAAACAACUUAGAUUCCAUCUGACGUUUCGUCCCCAGUGCAGCAGUCCAACUGUCGCAGUUCUGUGCCUGUGUUGUCGCAAGUGCUGAUCUUCAACUAUGGCAGGAGGAAACUAUUUGAGCAACCCCAACAAUUCGUUCUUCUCUGUCGAAGAUGAGGAUGUCGAUGAUGACACUUUUUUGAGGAAUUCCAGACAGGCCCAGAAGCUUAAAGAGAUCGAAGAUCGUGCCCUGAGGUCCGCUCAGGCUUCUAUCAGCAUUUUGAGGGAGACCGAGGACAUUGGUGUUAAGACUGCUGAGGAGCUGAUGGUUCAACGUGAAAAGCUGGAACGCACUGAAAAGAACCUCGAUGAGAUAAAUACAACUCUUCGCUACAGCCAGAAGAACAUCAAUGGGAUAAAGAGUGUUUUUGGAAGCUUGAAAAAUUAUUUCAGUGGUCGAGGAGAUCCCAAACCAACCACAAGUGAUUCGGCAGGCUCUAGCAGUGGAGCGAGUGGAUCUGGCUAUCCUUCCACAGCUAGUCUAAAAUUAGCUGAAGCCAUGGAAGCAAAACCGGAGUCAACUGGGCCUCAUCCUGGACUGAGAAUAAGAGGUCUGGCAGAUGAAGAUGAUGGAUCUGACAUGAGGAGCCCUACAUCUUCAAACCCUCUCCAAAGUCGAUUCAACCAUAUUAAUGACAUCUUAGACAAAAACAUGGAUGAGGUAGGCUCAUCACUGACUAGACUCAAGGGACUUGCUGUGGGGCUAGGAGAAGAAAUUGAGUCUCAAAAUGAUCUAAUUGGAAGAAUUCAUGAUAAAACUGAUCGGGCUGAUGUGACCAUCCAGCGACAGAACCGAGAGAUCAAACGCCUCUUGAAAUGAGUGACUCAGUGAAUAUUACAAAUGAAUUUCGUCCUUCUCUAUCCUAUAUCUAUUUUUUAUAAAAACCCUAUAUGUUUUGUUUCUUACCGUAAUUAUUGUUUUUCUUCAUAAAUCAGUUUUGUGAUGAUAUUUUGAACUUUCUGAGUUCCUCAAAAGCUCUCUUCCACAUUUUCUAGUAAAUUGUAAAGUUUUGUAGCCUCAAAGUGGUUUUUAUUUUAUGGCUUAAUUUCCAUAAGUUUCUGAAAUUGAUUUUUUUUUUAACUUGUGAACAAAUAUCAGAACUGGCUGGCAUGAAAUAUUGAGCUAAUCAUACUUCAUGUACAUUUGUUGUAAUUGUUAUUGUUUGUUUUUUAGAUGUAUAUUUUUUGAUUUGAAGCUAAGAAUAUUGCUGUGUUUUCACUUGUUUUCUCCCUGUACUAUCUACUUUAGCCAAAGAUUGAAAGAACUGGGGGCUAGCCAUGAAAAGAAAAAGAACUGUGGGUUUCGUUAGUGGUUUUGUAAAGCCACACAUCACAAAUCAAUUCAUUUUUAGGAUUUGAUGACAUUCCAAACAACACAUUAUCACUUAUCCAGCAAUCAUAAUUACUUGCUCUAUUUAGUAUUCUUGAAAGACUGUAAUCGUCUUGUCUCUUAUUUUUAUUGUUCUUUUCUAAGACAAAUCAAAGACUUCUACUGUUUAAAGGGUCCUAUCCAUAAAUAUAGUUCUUUAUAUAACGUAACACAGAAACUGUCAUAUUGUGUUACAUUAGUCAUAAAAAUAUGAAUGUUAAUAUUUACAAAUAUUGUCAGUCAUGUUACGUACCAAUAUUGUCCUAUUUAAGCUAAGACUUCUCUGAAAGCAUUACAUUAUGUAAGUUCUUUGAAAACAAAGAAACAAAUCAAGUGUCCUGUACAAAAUAAAAUAAACAAAUUAAAACUA